GCGGCUCGGGACCAUGUCGACGUACGAGGAGAGGCGACCAGGGUCCAGGUUGCUGGUGCGGUUCGCCGCCGACGAGUGGACGCAUGAGAGGAUCUUCUUAUGGCCGGUGCAUCGCGAUCGACGCCAUGAGUGCUGGGUGAUCCAGACGGCGGACGGAGAUCGCUAUGUCGAGCGGAAGGCUGACUGGCGGUGGCACAUCUCGUUGCUGCACGGCUGGCCCGAGGGGUUCGCUGGCGACGCGGCGCGCUUCCGCGCCGAGGUGGGCCGCGAGGAGUUGCGCCAGAUAGUGUUGGAGGGCCGCGACUUGGCGCGGGAGGAGCGCCGUCGACGCCGUCUCCCGCCCGACCUGGGCGCCCACCUCGGCGAGCAGCCGACGACGAUGGUGGACUGGCACGGCGACGAGUGCGGGAAGGGGGCCGGCGCGCUGGAGGCUCUGCGGGCCCCAGUUGAGGAGGCUGGCGGCACGAGCACACCCCGCGAGGGCCGCGCCGAGGAACUCACCGAGGACGUCAGGACGCUGGCCGUGGAGUGGAACGAGCAAGGCGUCCGCUUCAAGGAGUGGCGGCGAGCGGUCGGCGAGAGCAGUGAGGAGGCGUUGGGCGGCUGCGAGCUGCGUGGAGCAGGCGCGGCUCUGCACCUGAGUCAGAGGUUCACGCAGCAUGGCGGUGAUCCUAAGACAUGGAUGUCAAACUUCUGCCGGGAGUAUGGCGUCAGUCAACGAGACCGCACCUGGCACGAGCUGAGCUGCUUGGUGACGAUCUUCUGGCUGGCGGGGACCUUCGACGCAGUGAACCUCGGGGGCCUGACUUGCCUGGAGGUGGCGGCGCGUCGGGUCGCCCAGAUCACCGAGGCCCAUCGCGUGGCUCCUGGGCACCCUGCGGCUUGGGAGGCGGGCCGCUUCCUGACGGGCACCAGCGACCCUUUCGACGCGGCGUCGCCCGAGCUGCGGAACUUCGCGAACCGCGCAGCUCGGGGCGAGGCCGAGCGCCUGACCGCGCUGGACCGGGGCCGGACGCUGGCCAGUGGCGGGCGCGGGGCUGGCGGCAGUGAGGAUGUGGCCGGCGCGCUGGCGUCGGGAGGCCUCCCCCGUGCCGGCGCCGAGGGCGACGGAGGCAAAGGCGGCGGCGGCGGUCGCGGUCGCGGGCGGAAGGUCAGGCCGGGGGCGAGGCCGCCCCCCGGACUGGAGGCAGAGGCCAUGCGCAGCGGGCGGAUCUUCCCGUUGCCGCCCUUGCGCGAGCUGGAAGCCGACGUCGCUGGUUCGCUUGGUCGACGGGAUCGGGCACGUGUGCGGCUGUUGGCCAACGAGAGUCUGGCUGCUCUGAAUUGGAUGCACGGCGCUGAAAGGCGGGCGCCUGGCGCGCCACUUAGCCGGGCCACGCGAUGCCGCGUGGCGGAGCUGCAGCACGAGACGCAGCGGCGGGCGCAGGACCCGGCGGGUUCGCCACGCGUCAUGGACCUGCUGCCGGAGGUGGGGAUCUUCUUCGUCAAGAAGAAGGGCGACCGCCAGCGGCUGAUCCUGGACCGCCCGUCGGCUGAGAGCGGCCUCGACCGAAGCGAGGCGCUGGACGACGUCCCGGGCGGCCUCGACACUUGGCUGGGCGUUAGCGACGCGAGGGGCUGCUUCCACAGGCUGCUCCUGGACGACUGGCCCGGCCUUCAGGAGUUCUUCGGCUAUCCGCCGCUGCGCGCCGCCGAGCUCGGCCUCUGGCAGCUGGGCGGGGCGGGGGUCGAGCGGGGCGCGCCGAUCUACCCGCUGGCCCGCGCGCUGCCGACGGGCCGGGCGUGGUCGCUACAUUACGCGCAGGCGGCCAACGCACAUCGCAUGACGCUGCUGCGCGAGCAGGACGGCGCCCUGCCCGUGACGGAUCGCGGCCCCCCGCUGCUGCUGGAUGGCCCCCGGGCCCUCGGCCGCUACACCUACGCGGACAACAUCGGGGUGCUGGGGAGCUCGGAGGGCCAUGCGAGGUCGGCGCUGGCGGCGGCCACGGAGUCGCUCGGCAAUGGCAGGGAGGCGCUGGGGGCGCAGCUCAACGGCCGCGACGGUUGCACGCGCCCCACGCCCUCCAGGUUCUGGCGCUUGCGAGGCGCCGUACAAGCACUGCUGCAGCGCCGCAGGGUGAGCGGCGCGGAACUGGAGAUCAUCGUGUGUCACCUCACGUUCUUAGGCCUGGUUCGCCGCGAAAGUCCGAGCUGCUUCCAUUGCGUCUACCGCUCCAUCCAGCGCCAUUACUUCGACAGGACCGCGUUGUGGCAGAGCGUGGUCGAGGAACUCCAGGCUUUCAUGGGCCCGAUGAUCUUCCUCCAUGCGGACUGGGACGCCAGGUGGCUCCCAGGGGUCUACCAGUCGGACGCGUCCCUCGACGGCUCCGGCUUGGCCUAUUCAUUGUGGGGGCCCAGCGACGCUGGCCGAGUGGGCCGCGUGCGCGAGCGGUCCUGCUACCGCCUGGGGGCAGGAGCUGCGCGGCGACACGCUGUGGAGGCCGCAGGCCUGGAGCUGCUCGCGGACGGCGGCGUCGGCGCGCCGGAGGACCCCACGUUCGAGGAGGUGCCGGCGGAGCUGCUGCAUGCCGCCCGCUGGCGGACGGCGCUGGCCGAUCGGUGGGCCUUCAGGGAGGGGAUCCCCCACCUCGAGGGCCGCGCGCUGGUCAAGGCCGUGGAGCGCGUGGCUAGCUCGCGCGCUGGUCACGACGGCCGAGCCCUGCUCCUGGGGGACAACAUGGCUGUGGUCCUGGCGUUCUCUCGAUCACGGGCUCGAGACUUCAAGCUGCUGGCGAUGAUUCGGCGGGCGGCGGCUUGCGUGGGCUCAG